CUCAUAAUGUCAGAAAACCAAGCGUAUAAAUAUUUUAAUCGUAGGCACGCUGAGUGGAACAUCCUGGGAUUUUUAAACUAUUGUGAUGUGGAGCCAUUCGAUAUCAAGAUAGACUAUUAUUUAAAAUGCCUAGAGACAAUGGUUAAUCGUGAACAAGGUAACCGGCAGAAAAAAGCAAGGAGCUUAUCGAUAGAUACAGAAAUGCAAGAUCCUCGACCUGAUCGUAUAAUGGCUAGACAAUGGGAACAAGAGCGCUCACGAAAGCAAAUUCAUGUUCAUCAACCGACAUAUACGGAAAUUUCGAACACUGGAACUAUCUAUGGAGGGAUAAUCAACACCAAAACUUUCGGUGCGAAUACAAAUAUACUCAGAGAGGAACAAGGAGAGGACAAUUGUGGGGGUCAAACUCAAAGAUGGGCAAAAAAGAGAAUAUCAUAUUUUGAAUCAGAAACCGAUGACGAAGAAUUUGAGGAAGAGUGUGUGUUAUUAUUUGAACCUUCGGAAUUAUCAACAAUCCGAAAGAUGGUCACAGAAACUGAAAAAAUUUCAGAUGGCUGGGAAGUUAAGCUAUUGAAAUGGCAACAACACAGCCUUAAUCAAUUAGAUCAUGGAAUUCAGUACCCAUCAAAGCGGAACAUACACUCAGAUGAGAUUGCCGAUAUUCAAUCACGCGUAAUCUCAGAGUUCAAGAUGAUAGAAAUUCCAAAUGGAGUAAAGGAGUUUGUGCGAGAAAAUAAAAAGGAUUAUCAACAAGAUAGUCUGGAAGAGAUUGAAAGAUUUCUAAAGCAAUAUGUCGGGAACCAAUUCAGGGAUAGGCUACUAAACAGAGCAUUUUUUAGACUUUUGGAAGAAUGUGUACUGUUGGAUCCCUCAACAGACACGAAUGAAUUGACGGAGGGAACGAUUGAUGUGGCAUCUAAUGCAUCUAAAUUGCGUCGAGGCCAUCGUGGUCGAAUACCAGAUUACAAGCUGAAUAAUAAAAAUGGAACUCGUUCAGCUGUAUUUGAUGCCAUAGACUAUGAUAUUAAUCAGCGAAAUAUACAACCAUAUGAGGCGAAACGAAUCAUAAUAUUUAUUAAUGGCUUUAAAAUGACUGUGUGUGUUAUGAAAUUACAUUCUUCCGGAAUAUAUCUAUUGGUAGAAGUGGCGUCAUGUACUAUUCCGAAAACUGCUAGAGAUCUAGAGCAAAUUAUGAUCCUUUACCAAAUUUUAAUGAGUAUUCGGGAUGUUGCGGUAGAAGUGUUGGGCGAGAGAUCCUGUACUACACCACUUCAAACAAAUUAUAAAGAUUGGCUACGUCCAACUGCUAGUACACCCACCACACUUAAAACUGACUGA